GCGUGUGUGUCAAUCGAAGAAAUAAAAUGGAGAACUUCAUGUGAUUGUUGUUUUGCACAACAUUAAUCUUGUGUAUAAAUUGACAGAAGUUUGUGUAUUUUCGUAUGCUAAAACCGGUUAAAAAGUGCAACAAAGUGUAGUUAAACUCAACAGGAAUAUACUAAACUCGUCUGAAUUCAGCAAACGAACAGCUCUUGAUUGUAAUCAAACAAUGUAGCGAGAAGAUGUAAAUCUAAUGUUUGCUUAUGUUGAAAUUUUGGUGAAAAUUGGGUUGUCAGAAACUAUAUAAAAAAAUAUUGAACGAUGAAUGAACUGCAAUUUUACAGACUAGCGUGUGGUUAAUAAAGAAACAGUUUAAACUUCAAAGUGCAGUGAUAUUAUUUUUUUCGAAAGUUAUAUGAAGAAUUACUUUAUAACAAGCAAAACCUGUAAAUCGGUGGAUGGGCAGUGAAUUUUCAUAGACCACGGGCCAGAAUGAAGGAGAUGGUCGGUGGUUGCUGUGUUUGCUCCGAUGAUCGGGGUUGGUCUGAGAACCCUCUGGUCUACUGUGACGGCCAAAGCUGUGCGGUAGCUGUACACCAAGCGUGUUACGGAAUAGUAACUGUGCCUAGCGGACCCUGGUACUGUCGAAAAUGUGAAAGUCAGGAACGUUCAGCGCGGGUACGUUGUGAGUUAUGUCCCUCUCGGGAUGGUGCUCUCAAACGUACCGACAAUCAAGGCUGGGCGCAUGUUGUAUGUGCUUUGUACAUACCGGAAGUGCGCUUCGGCAAUGUUACAACUAUGGAACCGAUUAUUCUACAGUUGAUUCCUCAGGAGCGAUAUAAUAAAACAUGCUACAUAUGCCAAGAAAUGGGAAAAGGUUCCCGUUCAACUGCUGGCGCAUGUAUGCAAUGUAACAAAUCUGGAUGCAAGCAGCAAUUUCACGUUACUUGUGCUCAACAGCUUGGUUUGUUAUGUGAGGAAGCAGGAAACUACCUUGAUAAUGUCAAGUACUGUGGGUACUGCCAACACCACUACAGUAAAUUGAAAAAGGGAGGGAAUGUUAAAACAAUUCCUCCUUAUAAACCUAUCAGCCAUGAAACCAAUUCCAGCGACGGUCCAUCAUCACCGGAGAAAGAGCUGGAGCCACUAGCGGUAUCGCAACACUCCACCAGCGGCAGUGUGAGUGCAACUGGUAACACCAGCAACAGUAUGAAGUCAAAUAACCGACAAAUGCUCGAUCAAAGUGGAUCUUCUGCUUCUUCGUCGUCAAAACAAAGAAAAUCUUCGAGUGUCUCAAAAGGCACCAUUAGCUCUUCUUCGACAUUGUCAACAUCAACUUUUGUUACUGCUAGUACUAGUGGUCCUAAUAUCGCAAGUUCGUCUCCUACAUCUGUUCCAAUUGGGCUUACUUCGGGUAGUAAUAGUGGAAGUUCAGCUGGAGGAAACGCUAACAAGGUUAUUUCAUCCUCAUCCUCUUCCAACAGUAGCAGCAAUAAAGAAAAAGAUAAAUACAGUAAAAGUGUAAAUAAAGUAUCCAGUACAAAUAAAAAUCACGAAAAGGAAACCUCUUCAGGAUCUUCGGCAACAUCAUCCUCUUCGCAACGUGACAAAGGUUCCAAAUCAUCGAAAUCUGGUAGCAACAAUAACAGUGGAGGCAGCAGUAAUAUAAGUACCAUGGGAUCAUUACCCGGUAACCCACUUAGUGCAAAUUCUAAUAUCGGCGGGUCACUUACAAAAGAUAAUGAACUCUCGCCAUUAACAUCCUCCAUACAGAGUGGAUCGACUAUGUCCUCAGCAACUACAAAGAACCAAGAUGGCACUGUGAAUAAGCCAGAAAAAACAUUGGCUCAAAUUUCCUCUGCAGCGGUAUCAUCAGCUCGAGCAGCUUCUCUUUCUCCGGCAGCUAUUCCAACUACGUUGAUUAUCAAGCCUCCGCAUGAUCAUUCUGGUAACACCAAGGAGAUCCUGUCUAAGGAUGCUAUCGCAAAAUUUACAACAUCAAACUUCACCGAAACUAUCGUUGUAAAUUCAGAUUCGGUAUUUGGAUCUGCUGCGACGACCGGCAAUAGUAGUAGUGGUGCGAGCAGUACCCAACCAAAUAAUGCGGCUGGUAACAUAAACUCUAGUGUGGGAACUAUAUCAGUUAUAGAAAGUUCGAAUGCGUCCAGUACUGCUGGAAUUGCAAACAAAAUUAACAUUUCCGGAGGAAACACAUCGUCUUCUACGGGGCCAGGUGCCACUAAGAAGCGUAAAGCUGAUGCCAGAUCUACACCAACGUCGACUGCAAGUAGUGAUAUAGAUAUUACUCGUGAUCUGAUAAAGGAUGUUGCCGUUUCUCUUGUGCCAUUACCCUUGAAUAAGAGUGAUAACAUCGAUCCAGCAUCCCUGCUUAGCAUCGAAAAAAAUAUUAAGAAGGCUAAAACUGAACCUAAUUCUCCUCAUAAUCCCAGUGGAGAAAUUAACAUUCAAAACGUCAGUCCUAAUCUGGUGCAAUCACAUGCAUCGAAUGUCAUCUCUUCGUCUAUCAAACAUCAGCAACAGUCCAAUUCCCCACAACUACAGCAACAACAGCAAGGGCAACAGCACACUCCGAGUCUCGUGGUGUCGGUUCCUUUGUCGACAGCAACCGUACCUGGAAUAAAUCUACCCACAAGUAACAGUAACAGUAGUAGCGGUACCGGUACCUCUAUUACAGCAAAUAAUGCUAGCAGCAACAGCAGCAGCAGUAGCACACCGAACAUCAUAUCAACGAGCCAGAUGUCUUCGGGAAGCAGCUUGUAUCAGCAGUUGACGCAUCGGACAAAUGAUCAAAUUGCGAAUGCCACCAGCAAUCGUUCUAGUCCGAUUAUACAGCAGCAGCAGUCCAAUAUGGCAAGCCACGUAAUACAGAACUCUGCACAUAUAAUGCUCGAGCGACAUUCACCAAGCAUGAGAUCUUCACCUGCCAUUAUUACUAGCGCUGGUUCGCAACAACAGCAGUCAAACCUUUUCUCUUCAGGCGGCGGAAUGGAUCUGAAUCUGGCCGGUUUAACAUCCGGUGUGUCCGUACUACAGAGCAUUUCGCCGGUACCGAUGAGUACCAUACAAAGCACUUCAUCCUCACCUAUCAUCCCAGGUAAUGGUGGAGAUGGUGGCUUAAAGAUUUCUUACGAAAAACAAACCUCCAAUGUACGAAUUAGUGCGUUGCAAGACGAAAAACUGUCGGGACGAAGAUCCAGAUCCAAAUCAAGAGAACGCGGUGGUGGCGGUGGUGGUAGCGGAAACGGAAGCAGCGUCGGUGGCGGUAAAACACGAACAUCCAAGAAACGCUCACUACAACAUCAACAGCUGCUGCGUUCCUCACCAUUGGUCAACACCGGCUCGUCAUCCUCUUCCUCUUCUUCCUCUGCCAACAACGCAUUGUUUGCUAACGAGCCCACCACCACCAGUCGUAGUUCGACUCCCAGCAAUAGCCACUCAAACGCUAACAACAAUAAUCAGCCUAACUUGACCCUUAAUAGUAGUAGCAGUAAUACUAGUCGCACUAACCCUGCCAACGGCAACACUAGCAACAGUUUGCUGAUUAAUUCCACUGGAACAAGCAUCGUCGGGCCGUCUACUCAAUCUCACUCAGAUAAACUUUCCCAAUCCGCAUCCUCUGCUUCAUAUUCUUCAACCGCUAUCGCAAACGUUUCCAACAGUUCAUCUGCUUCCACUGUAACAAUCGCUGCUGCUUCUGGCACGCCCGUUAUCGAGACGAUUGGUUCCGUCUCUACUUCGUCCAACAGCUUUCAAAGUAACCAUCCAGGGGGUUCGGGUGGUCAAUCUCACCAUAUAACUGUCGGCACCGGCAGCAUUGCAAGUGGUAACAGUAUCAGCAGCAACCACUCCGGCAGUAACAUCAAAAACAAUAGUAGUAAUUUAAUAGCUGGCACUGGUACCGAUCAUGGUCAUGGCACCCCUAGUAGCAAUAACACCAGUAGUAACAGUAACAAUAAUAAUGCUAUGGUCGUCACACACACCAGCAAAAAGCUUAGAUCCUCACAACCAAUGGUUGAAAUACCCUCGCCAUCUAAUUCCAGAACGCCGGACAAUAGUUAUGUUUCCAAUUCAUUUACCGGCAGCAGCGGAGGAGGAUUAAAAUUUUCUUACGAAGCUCAACCGUCCAAUCCUGCAGCAAUCGGAGCUACGGCGACCAUUAUAACACCACAGACAAUGGUCAAAGAGUCGCCACCAAGCUCACCCGGUUCAGACACUGGUAUGACUCGAUGUAACAAACGAAAUCGGAAGCUAUCGACGAAUUCAAACGCAGGGAUUAGUGCACCACAUGAAGCGAAGGAAAUCAAGUUAUUCCAGAAUGGAGUUGUUCACGCCACUCACAUGCUGGGCAAUCAGCUCAAUCCAAACAGUAGUGUAGCUCAGAAGAUGUCCGAUCAAUUGACAAUGGAGAUGGAGUCUCACACGUUUGUUGAAGCAGCACCGCAGCUAGUGGGUCCACCCUUUCCAGGAAAAAUACAGGCGUCUCGAACGCACAAUGCAGCUGCGACUGGUGGGCCGUCACUGACUUCUAUGCUUACGGGUAGCGGCACAGCAACUGCUAAUGGCAAUACACCACAAAGUCUAGAGCAACUACUAGAGCGACAAUGGGAGCAAGGAUCUCAGUUUUUAAUGGAACAAGCACAACAUUUUGACAUUGCAUCGUUGCUAUCCUGUUUGCAUCAGUUGCGAAGUGAAAACAUCAGGCUGGAGGAACAUGUCAACAAUCUCGUGGCGCGGAGGGAUCACCUCCUAGCCGUAAAUGCAAGACUCGCAAUUCCGUUAAACCCCACUGCACUGGGUGGUGUUGGUCUUACAGUUAGUAAUCCCGGUGGGCCAGGGACAACUGCGACUUCAAGCACAGGAAGCGGGAAUACCAAUCCUGCAGGAUCUCAAGCCCAAUUCAACAAUAUGCACGGUAAUGGACCUCAUGAAACGAGCGGAAGUACCUCCAACACUACAACUAUUUCCAGUCGAAGUAGUCGAAUACAGCAACAUCAAACUCAACAACAGCAGCAACCGCAAUCACAUUUCGGCAGCAGUACAGUUAACCAGAUACCGCUAGAAAAUGGUAUUGAUUUUCGACAUUCAAGUUCUACCCAUCAAAGCUCCAAUAGCUCUUCAAUCAGUGAAAAACCCAACACAAUCUACGUCAAUUUCUGAGGGCUAUCUUCCUACUGUUGCGAAGCUGAUGUCGAGCGUUUGUACUAGCCGUUUGCAAACUUUUGGUCAAGUUAUACCACAAAUACCCUAAACAUGCGAAACUAAACACGGGCAAUAUUUAUACAAUUACAAUUUCUAUACAAUCUUUAUGUGUUCUUCAACGAAGAAGAUGUGAAUCUUUAUCGAAAGAGUGACAUAUUUGUUCAUGGUAAUAACAGCGUUUUCACGGACUUGACUAUCGUGACAAAGUAAGCUAGAGAUUGAUAAAGUGAUUUGUUGUUUUUGACGAAAAACAGCCGUUAAAUCAAAGUUCUAGUUAUGCUUUUAUUUUACACAAUAUUUUGUACAUCUGGUUGUCCUGCCUUUUAGGUUUAAUUUACUUAUCGGUUCUAAUUUAUACUUGGUUUACAAGGCAAAUGUCAGACUAGUUAGUGGUAGCCACAAGAUAUAUUUAAUUUAAUUAUUUUGUAGAAAAUAAAAACAAAUGGAUUCGACGUAAGCGUAUGUUUUGUUAUGUUUCUUUCACAAACCUUAUCAUUUCCUUAACUAAUCCAACACACUCAACUAUAUUUUUAUAUAGUUUUUUUUUAACUGACGAAAAUAGUAGGAUCUCUAAUUACCUAAAAUCAAAAUCCGCAUGCCCAAACUAAUACUUAUUUGUGUUCUUUAAUUGUCUUCCUUCGCUUCCUUCGUAUAUUACGUGAAUAUCAGAAUCAUCAGUUCUGCUUCUACGGUCACCUCUCCUGGCGAGAACCUGAUUAGCGAAUCUAAUUUAUUAAUCAUUGCUUGCUAACAUGACGCAUUCAAUUUCGAUUAAAGAAUCAUUCUUGUUAUUUCUAACACAUCAUUUGUUGAGGUUCUGAAAAAUCCAAUCAUUUAAAACUAAAAAACCGUUUAAUUUGAUAUCUAUUAAUUCAAAAAAGCACACAAUAUUUACGGCAUUUUGACUAGGAGCAACGAAAGCAAAAAUGCCGUUGUGAAUACUAAUCAAAUUUUAUAUCUAAAAACGAAAUAGAAUACAACAUAGUAAUUCUGAACAGAUUGCUAAUGAUUAAAAUAUUGAAUGAAAGUGAUUGUUGUUGUUUGUUUUUCAAUCAUUCAGCCUAAUAGUAUCAAGGAAAUUAAUGACCUCACAUGUGAUUUCUACAGAAAUUAAUUCUAACGUAACUUUUCGAGAGGACCCAAGUAACACUGGGAGUCUCUCUUUGUUUACUUUCUCUUUUAUUAACCGUUAUGUACUCGGCAAUUUCAACACACGUAAGUACUCGGCAGGGUACCCGGGUACACACCAAAAUGAAAAGCUUCUUACUUCUUCAAUUCUUGAUCGAUUUUCGAUCUUGACCCGUCAAAAGAUUGGAAAAUUUGUCUAUUUUUAUUAUACAGGGCCUAAACAACGAAAAUCUGCUCCGAAAUGGUCAUUUCGGAUAAUUUAUCAGAUAGACUCAAAAUAGAUGAAAAUCAACUCCUGGAGUGAUUUCAUGAAUUUUGAUACCAAUAUUGGUCGGUUUUAUUGACAAUUGUAAUAAUUUGUUUCACCGGAACAUGCUCCCGAAGAUCCGGAUUUACAGGAACCAAAUGUGGACAGAUUUUUCAAUCUUUUGACAGGCUAAGAUCAAAAAUCGGUCAAGAAAUGAAAAAGCGAGGCGUAUUUCAUUUUGUGGGUACCCGGGUACCCUGCCGAGUACUUAUGGGGUAAAAAAAAUUCGAAACCUUUCCCUUCGACUCCCCCUGCUGCUACAAACAGUCUGAUGAUGGAAAAUGGUUUAUUUCCACUAGUUACUAUAAGUUUCAGCUGACUGACUGAAGGUUAUCCUUGUUUUUCAAAGCAAUAAAAUCUAAAAAGGUACCCGGGUACCCUUCCGAGUACCUAACGGAUAAUAACAAAGUUAUUUUUUACAUUUUUCUUGAUACCCUUUACAUAGUAGGUAAUUUAGGUAAUAUUAUGAUCUUCAGAUUUGUGGCAAGAAAUCGUUGAAAACUUUUAAACUGACGCUGUAAUUACCGAAGAAGAGUGAGAGAGGAAAGAAUCUCUCAUUGUUACUAGGAUUCUUUUGGAAGGUCACACAAGAAUGUUUUAUUUAUUUCAUUGAGGGGUCCCAUCAAUAGGCUUCGCUGUUUAUUCCCUUUCUUUUGUCGAGGUAAAAACACACAAAAAAUAAUCUUUUGCGUUUGUUUAAAGGUAAAUUUAGACAUUUGAAAAAAUAAACAGACAGAGUUAUGUUAAAUGAACUGCACCCACUACCUUGUGUCUCACAAGGCAAUAUGUGUAAUUCAUCGAGAUGUGUUAGGAACGAGCCAUUGACAUCCUUAUACUGAAAAACAGUGAAUGGCUCAAACUCAUUUGUGCCGCUGUGAGCUGUCAAGGAAAAGGUGUAUGAAAAGUGACGGUGGUAUGCUAUCUCAUUUACACAUACGUUGAGCUGUUAGCCCUUGAAACAUAGCACGAUGUCAUAGGUGUGCUUAGGAACAAAACACAACACAAUAGUGAGAAGUUGUACGAUAUUGGGCUCUGGAAAUGUACCUUCCCAGUACCGUUAGACGGGGUGAGAUUGUGCCAUCCAACCCGUGAUUAGCCAGCCAUCUCUUCCGGGUUAGUAGACUUAUGUUUCUUGGUUAAGUAUUCAAGAAAACUUAUUCAAGAAAGUUUGGUCUUGUAAUCGCCAUUAGAUGACUGACAAACAACGGGUUUGUAUGGCAUUAUCUCACCCCGGCUUAUGGUAGUUUAACUAAAUAAAACACCAUUUUGGAAACAUCGGAGAUUGCGGGCUCGAUUCCCGUUUGGAUGACUUAUAGGGCCUUAUUAAAGAAGUCGAGUAGACUCGACUCGAUCAUGUAUUUCAGACAGGGCGAGUCGCUCGUCGAAGCUUCUGUAAUACGUUCCUUAAUUUUUUCAAACCCUAAUUCCUAUUUUCAGUCCUCGUUCAUUAUUGAUUCAAACAGAUGGUCCGAGUCUCAUGUCCACUGAGUAAAUAAUUUUUUUUAAUCAUUUUAAACGUGAUCAAUUUAGUGCCAGGGUAAAUUUUAUUCGAUCACAGUUUCUUCUUAAGCCCAACAUAGACACAACUAGUCUAAUUAUUAGUCGUUGAUACUUAACACGCGCCAGUCCAUUUCUCCUGACAGCAUUACAAUAUUUUUAGAUGCAUUCACCGCCGUGAAAUCUGGGUUAUUAUGAGUGUCAUAUUACUGAAGUAAAAACGGAAUAAGCGACGUUUCGCGUGGAAUUAUUUCACGAUCAUUUUGACAGGUGAAAAUUUCGCGAAGAUCGUUGAUUUAUGAUCUACUGAUGAUCAUCGGAUUUAUUUACCAGUAACAAGACGAAAUCGACACAUUUUUGAUCUGCGGCCAAUGGAACGUAAAGGAAAAAAAUGAUCUUCGAAUUUCGUUAAGCGGCAGAGCUCAAAACUUUCGUCUCCUUGAAAAAUGUCCUUAUACAAAAUUUCAGCUCAAUCGACUUUCUGGGAUUUAGACAUUUUUGAGCUGGAAACUCCCUCAUUUCAAUUGUCCUAUUUUUUUCAUUUCACUGUCAAUCUCACUUCACGGAGCUAAUUUUUGUCACCUCACUUUAGGUGAAAUCGGAAAUAAAUCUCAAAGAGUUUUUUUUUUUUGUAAGAUUUGGACCACUGCGACCAUUGUUUUGAUUUUUUGUUGUCAAAGAGUUAAAUGAGCGUGAGAGUGAAAUAUAUUUCAUCAUGAAUUGACUCCCGUAAUCAGCGAUGGGAAAAACAGGAGGGUUGUGUGCAAAGCCACGACCGCAAGGUUGAAGUAGAAUACUUUUACAAGAAAGAUAUCCCGGCUGCUUGCGUGUCAGUCAUUUUUUCUAGUAAAUAAACGUUGACUAAUCAGAUCAAUCGAAGUUUGCGCUUCAGCAAGGAUUGACCAUUUUCAAUAAUAUAGUAAGUUGCUUGUCAUGGUUGGGGCUUGACAAUUUUUAAAUUUUGAGAUGACAUUUUUUCGGAUGUCGUGCUCAUGACUGAAGGAAAAGAUAAUUUAGUACGUUUUGAAACACGAAGAUGGAGUAAUAUUUAUUACUCUUACAAAUGUAAAACUGUGAAUUGACUCAUUACAAAAUAUUAACUCUUCAGUCAUGUUUUUAUUUCAUCCUGAAAAGGACAAUUUGUUGUUGAUAUUAGUGUCGGAUAAGAUGCCGAUCACAUCUUUGCGAUAUCACUGACAGUGAGAAUGAACAACCAUGUGAUAAAAUAAACAGUGAAAAGCUAAACCAGACGGCUCACGUGUUGUGUCAAAAUGAGUCAACUUUUCAUUGAAUGCAUUUAUUAGUGCCCACUAUCGCACAGAGACUGCAUUUCACUAAAGUGCCUCACUGCAUCAGCCGCUAUCGAUGCAGAGAUCCGCUGCAACUGCUACGCUAUCCAUAGCCAUGCGACAGUUGUGGCCGCUAUACGCUGCCAUUGGUAUCCACUGCCCCUGCAUCAGCUGGCCCAGCUGCUAUCGUUGCUGGAAUCCGCUGCAACUAGUGCGCUAUCCAUUGCUACGCCAGCUGUGGUCGCUUUCCGCCAUCGCUGGUAUCCACUGCACUGCUAGUGCUGCUGGUAAGGGAGGACGACUGCUGUUGUCGCUGUCUAGAACUAUUAUGAGCGGCUUCGGCUGAAACAGGCUCUUAUAUAGGCCAAAUAGCAUGUUUUAAAUUGCAAGGUAUAUGAUUCUGUCGGCCGUGCUUGGGAAACAAUCAUAUAACGACUAAUCAGAGGUCGAAUUUUUCGUUUUGACAAGGCUUGACUAUUUUCAAUAGUACAAUAGUGUGAAUAAUAAAAUUACAAUUAUCUUCUUCUGGGAAGAAACUUACAAGAUUUUCCAAUCUAUUGCUGCAAAGACGAAGGAAAUCCAUCGAAUACUCACCGAUUUAUUAGCAUUUGAAAUUGGACAUAUUUUUCACUUUUUCGGUUUUAGAUUUUCAUUUCACAUCCCUAUGUAGCCGAACUUCCUGAGAGAAGUAUUCUACUUCAAAAAAUUACCUCUAGCGAUUUGGAAUACAUAUAAAGCAAGCCUAAGAUGCGUUGACAUCGUCGUCAGUAUGCGAAUAACAAAGUAUCGGUGUUGGUUCACUCUCUUUGCUUUCCUUUUUACGAUAUAUUGCUUGUCGUUAGCGUACACCACAACAUAUGGUUCUCAAUGUGCACAACUCGGUAUAUGAAGUUAUUCGUCUCUGUUACACAGAGCGAUCAGAUAUUGUUAUGUUAUUACCCAUGAAUAAGAUUUUUUGUCAGAAAAAGAAAGAAAAUGACAAUG